AUGACGAACCUGGACCUCAAGCAGGAAGAGUCUCGUCUUGAAGACGUCAAAGCUGAGGCCGAGCUCGCCAACGCUCCGACGGUCAGGAGGUUUUGGAAGGGUGUCUUGCUCUGUAACCUCCUCUGCUUCGCCGCCGCCGCGGAUGGUUAUCAAAUCAAUCUCAACGGCAACAUCAUCGCCAACACGGGUUUCAUCGAACAUGUCGGACAGAUGAAUCCUACGACCGGGGCAUACGCCUUGACGACUUCCAUGACCGCCCUGUGGGGUGCUCUUCAGUCCCUAGGCCACAUUGUCGGCAUGGUCCUCCUCAACCCCGUGUCUGACAAGAUCGGUAGAAAGAUGACUCUCUAUCUCCUGUGGUGCAUCCUCUUCGGUUCUAUCAUGAUCGAAACAUUCGUCUACAACUGGCAACAAUGGGCGGGCGCCAAACUUUUGGCUGGAGUGGGUAUUGGCUGUCUGCAAGCUACCUUACCCAUCUAUGUCACCGAGUGGGCUCCAGUCAACAUCCGAGGUGGUAUGCUCUUGGCGUAUUCGUGCUGGAAUCAGACGGGCGGAUUCUUGGCGCCUCUGAUUCUGUUUAUUUGUCAGAAUACACUUGGGGCUGAGGAGUGGAAGAUCCCCAUCUACACUCAAUGGGCUUUCUUGAGCAUCAUGCUCCCCAUAUUCCUCUGGCUCCCCGAGACUCCUUCAUACUACGCGGCCCGAGGUCUGCACGAUCAGGGCAAAGCAGUCCUCCGCCUUGUCAACGGCAACGUCGAAGGCUACAACAUUGAUGCUGAAUACCAAGUCAUUCGCAACACGAUCGAAGAUGAGCAGGAGCGCAUGACCGCUUUGGGAGAGGAUGGCCAGAGUUGGAGGAGUAUUUUGAAUAGUUAUGGAGAGUGUUUCAAGGGGACGAACCUUAAAAGGACUCUGGCAGCUGCUUUGGCGGCGAGUUGUCAGCAGCUGACCGGGCUCGCAUUCCUCUCGGGCUAUGCCUCAUUGUUCUUCAAAGAAGCCGGCUUCUCCAACGCCUUCGAGAUUACCUCCAUCCUCUUUGCUGUCAAAACCGCCAUGGUAUUCGUGUUCACCUUCACCACCGACCGCAUGGGCCGACGUACAGUCGUCAUCGUCCUCGGCGGCAUCUGCUGCCUCACCCUCCUCACCAUCGGUAUCCUAGGUCAUAUCGAGCAUACAAACUCUACCAACAUUGCUCUGAUCGUCAUCGCUUGUAUCUGGUCAGGAUUCAACGUCGGUCUGGGCGCUUUCGGCUGGAGUUUUGCAGGCGAAGUGGCUACCCAAAAGCUCCGCGCUCGAACAUCCGGUCUUGGAUCUGGUAUUGCGGUCAUCUUUGGCCUCACCUUCAACACCUCCGUUCCAAUAAUGCUCCUCGACAGCGGCGCCCGUAUCGGUGGCAACACAUACAACACCGCCUUUAUCUUUCUCGGUUUUGGUACCAUCUGCUGGCUAUCCACUAUUUUCCUCUUGCCCGAGGUGGCGAAGCGGAAUUCGGCAGAGAUGGAUGAGAUGUAUGAGAAGAAUGUGCCGGUUUAG